GCAACGGCAUUUCUAUUUACGGCACAGAAGAAUGAACUACGAGAAACACGAGCCGAGCGCGACAUGUUUAUGAGCGAAGUGACUAUGGAGUAUAUGUUUGAACUGAAGUCGUCUUAUCGCUCAAACAGCGUUUUUGAGUACGUUAGCUUCACUGGAAAACCAAACCUUGACUGGAGCGACUGCCAAGCGACAGGCUGAGCGAACUCACAAAGAUUGAGUGUGAUUAUGGCACCAUUCAUCAUUUCUCCACAUCAUCCAGUGCCGUGUAAUUGCGGUUUACCUCAGAAAGGUCUGUUGAUGCAGUCCAAGAUGAGUCCUGAGCUUUCAUCCGGUUCACCUGGAGAUCAUCAUCAUCAUCGCAGGACGUCCGUCAUGAAGAUCCGUCUGUGGCAGCUCGUCCAGAGAGUCGUGAACUUCUGCACGAGUGUGACCGAGCUCCUCCGCUCCAAGAUGUUUUUCUUCAUUUGUGUGGGAAGAAACCUGAUCAUGACCGGCGAGUCGAAGAAGAGCGGCGUGGAGGUCCCGGAGAGGCCUGGAGGCGAAGUCGGCGAUGGAGCUUCAGAAAUGAAGGAUCCGGGGAUGAAAGUCGUUAUGGAGUCUGCUGGUGAAGAGCGGGAAGCGUCAGCCAUUGACUCGGAUGAAGAGGAAGAUGAUGAAGCCAGCCUCUCUGAAUGGGAGUCUGAUGAAGAAACCGAUGAGGAGGAGGAAGAGGGUGAGGACUGUGAGACGGAGGACUCGGACUCUGACUGGUCAGAUGAGGAUGAGGAUGAAGGUGACUCUGAGUCAUCAGCAGAGAGUCUUAAGCUUUGGGAGUCGUUUCUCAACAGCGGUGACCCCUACAACCCUCUGAGCUUCUGCUCGUCCAUCAGCUCCAGAACAAACACGAAGCAAAAGCAGCAAGCUGUCCCUCCACCAGCGACGAGACCAGAAGAGAGUGAGACAACUCCACAACCAAACUCAAAGGAGGGCGGGAAGAAGGUGUGUUUCAGUGAUCAGGUGACUGUGCGCCCGCUGGUGGUGUGGGGUUUCGCGAGCCGGGCCGCACGGGACGGCUCUUGUUGGAUGCAGAUGGCCAGAGACCGAGAGCGCUUCAGAAGAAGAGCGGAGAGCUUUGAGACGCUCCUAAAGCCCUGCUUGACGGCUGAACACAGAGCUGGCGUGUGGGAGAGACUCCAGAGAACAACAUCCUCAUAAUGCAUCAUCCUCCAGCUUAGUGUGUUAUUAUCAUAACAUUGUAGCAUUUGAUCUAGAUAGAUGUUGUAGUUUUUGGUGCUUUUAGUUUUGAAAACAAUGUUUUUGUGUUUUUUUACCGUGUGAUUUCUUUUGUUACAAUAGCAUGGUGCACUUUAUUUUUACGUCUUUGUUUUGUACAUGUAUAAUUUUAUUGUUCUACAAAAUACUGUAAUUCACUGUAAAGACUUUGCAUAUUUUAUAUGGCAGCUGAAAAAUAUUAAACCUUUCUGACAUGUA